CAGCAAGUCCUUGUCCAGCAUGGCGUACCAGGGCCAGGGCCAGAAGGUGCAGAAGGUGAUGGUGCAGCCCAUCAAUCUCAUCUUCAGAUACUUGCAAAAUAGAUUGCAGAUUCAGGUGUGGCUUUAUGAGCAAGUGAAUAUGCGGAUAGAAGGCUGUAUCAUUGGUUUUGAUGAGUAUAUGAACCUCGUAUUAGAUAAUGCAGAAGAGAUUCAUUCUAAAACAAAGUCAAGAAAACAACUGGGUUGGGUCAUGCUAAAAGGAGAUAACAUUACUCUGCUCCAAAGUGUCUCCAACUAGAAGUGAUAGAUGAAGUGAGAAAUUGUUUGGCAAUACCGUUGCGUUUUUUAGGUGUCUUUUGUUAGAGAUGUAGUUCUAAAACUUGUAU